AAAAUGUUGAAGUAAAUUCUACCUUUUAACUAUUUCCGAAGAGGAAAUAGUCGCGCCACAGUGGGCAUUCUCUCUUCAAAGAAGAAGAAAGUAAUAUUCCUCGCAUUCGAUUUUCGAAUUUUUCUUCAAAGUGCCCCCUUCCGUUUUCAGCUAGGCACGCCCUUGCUAUCAUGGUUCGAUUCCAUAAAAUCUGCAAGUACGCUCCUGGAUGCUUUUUAUCGAGUACAAUUUGUUGACGAGUCGUUCACUGCCCACUUAAAUAACAAACCUCUUCUCGGUGCAUUUCCAUUUGACGAUAGAGAAUAGUGUACAAGUUCAGUGAUUGAUAACAUGAAAUCGUCAGUCGGAUUAUCGUUAGUAUUUUCUUUAUGUCUGAGUUACAUAAGUUGUGUGAAAUAUGAGCCGAAUUGGGACAGUUUAGAUAAAAGGCCUUUGCCGAAGUGGUUCGAUGAGGUUAAAAUCGGGAUAUUCCUGCAUUGGAGCGUAUUUUCAGUUCCCAGUUUUGGAUCAGAAUGGUUCUGGGAAGACUGGAAAUCGGGUAAAGGCCCGUACGUACAGCUCAUGAAACAGAACUACGCUCCGAAUUUCAAGUACCAAGAAUUUGCCAAGGAGUUUAGAGCUGAAUUUUUCGACCCCCGAAAGUGGGCCAAGCUAUUCAAAAAAUCAGGAGCAAAAUACGUCGUAUUGACGAGCAAACAUCACGAAGGUUACACCUUGUGGCCAUCAACAUACUCUUAUGGUUGGAAUGCCAAAGACGUCGGACCGGGAAGGGAUCUUGUAGGAGAAUUAUCAAGAGCAGUGAGAGACGAAAACUUAACUUUCGGCCUGUAUUAUUCCCUCUACGAGUGGUUCAAUCCUAUGUACCUUUCCGACAAACAAUCCAACUUCACGAAUAAUGAGUUCGUAGAAAAGAAAAUGUUACCAGAGAUGCACGAAUUGGUGGAAAAAUACAAACCGGCCGUCAUAUGGACGGACGGAGACUGGGAAGCGCAUGAUACUUACUUCAAAUCUACGGAGUUUUUGGCUUGGUUGUACAACAAAAGUCCUGUUAGAGAGGAUGUUGUUGUGAACGAUAGAUGGGGUAUGGGGAUUCCUUGCAAGCAUGGGGAUUUCUACACCUGCACAGAUAGGUAUAACCCAGGAACUUUGCAGAAACAUAAGUGGGAAAACGCUAUGUCUAUAGACAAACAGUCUUGGGGAUUCAGGAGAGAAGCAAAUCUAUCGGACUUCUUUACUAUUGAGGAACUUUUGGUUGAACUGGCCUCAACCGUCAGCUGUGGAGGUAAUCUGCUGAUGAACAUCGGCCCGACAAAAGAAGGCACUAUAACCCCAAUUUUCGAGGAACGUCUCACCCAAAUCGGUGACUGGUUGUCUAUUAACGGCGAGGCGAUCUACGGUACCAAACCAUGGACACGUCAGAACGAUACUAACGAUGGAGAUGUCUGGUAUACGUCUAAAGGUGAUGUAAUUUACGCUAUUCUUUUGAAAUGGAAACCAACUUUGGAGCUGGACGCGCCUUUGGAACUGUAUAAGCAACACUACUCUUGCUAUUUGGUGGGACAGGAACAGCAGAUUCCUCUAACGUUCACAACAGCAAAGGACAAGGCGCAAAUCACCAUGCCACCUCUUCAUACAACCAAGAGCAAGUGGGCUUAUGUAUUGAAGUUUCAAAGGGCACCGCAAAUUCUACGAAAGAACCAAUAGUCGAGAUGUUCGAAAUAUAUUUAUUUGAAGUGUACGUAAACAAAAAUAAAAUGCUCGAAAAUUCGACAUUUUUCAAUUCCAACGAAGAAUAUAAUAUUUUAAUUAUAAAA